AUAUUUUCGGGCGAAAUUCGUCCUGAAUAAAGUGCUUGAGUGAUGAGGAUAAGGAUAAUUUAUUUAAUGUCACAUACACGGUGUUUGACAAGUUAAAAAUACUACACAUAUCUAUGUAAUUAAUUUGGUCGAGAUUAAAAACAGUUAAUAAAUAAAUAUGGUCAUUGAAAUUGUAGGUACCGAUUACAUCAAGCGCAAUUAUUGCAUUGGCAGCCGCUAAAAUUGAGAUUAUUUAAAUGACUACGAAAAGAUGACACAUAAGGUACAUGCGUUCCUAGCAACUAAUGGCAGCUGGUUCCAAAUACAAGAAAUAAUAUAUAUGUACGAGUUAUGAAAAAUCCACUAUUACAAGAAUUUUAUGCUAUACGUUUAGCCCACUACUUCUGGGAUUGUAGGGUGUAACUUGGGGUUCGAAUAAGUUAGCUAUAUAACAUGAGUCAUUCUCCUUAAAACAUUUAAAGAAUAUUAUCAGCGAGUGUUCCGAUACGUCUGUUCUAUACGUCUGUGUUCUAGGGUAUUCAUGUCCACCAUCCUGAAAAUUGAGUGAUAUCUAUUCCUCGUGCCGGAUUUUUGUGUCCAGAUAGAGUAAUUCCCUAACUGCUGCAGUGAGUUACUCCUGCUCUCUCAGUUUUACACUGACAUUGAACGCUGAGUUAAUUGUUGAAGUCGCAAUCCAGAAAUUGAAACUGACACUGGUUGUUAAAAUAUGUCAGUUCUUUUUCAUAUUUUUCCAGUUUGAUUAAAAUCAUCGUUUUUGCAAAAUGAUCUCAAUUAACCCUAAUGAUGAACUUACGGUUAUCGAUCUGACUGGUUCAUUUAACGGACAAAAAUAUAACUUAUAAAUGUAACUACUUUUGUAUUGAAAAUGAUCGAGACCAAAAUUCACUGAAUUAGGUUGACAAGUUGGGGCAAGUCUUAUAAAGAUAGUGCUGUUGAUUUACAUGCCGUUCAGUCAGUCUCAUGAUAAGAUGCUCUUGAAUGCUAUAAUGAUUGGAUGGCUGUUCGUCGUUACAAAGGCGGAAUUCAAAUGCCACAAUAAGAUAGACAUGGUUAUUCUGUUGGAUAGUUCGGCCAGUCUUCCAGAAAAAGUGUUUGACGCAACGAAGACGUUUGCCUCCGAUCUUGUGAAGCACUUCGACAUUUCAAAGGACAAAGUAAAGAUGGCUGUUGUAUCUUUUAGUCAGUAUGUCCACAUACAAAGGAGAUUCUGCGAUGAACCAACUCAGGAAUCUGUCUUGAAGGCCAUAGAUGGAACAUGUUAUGAAGGAUCCUUCACUAGAAUUGACUCCGCUCUUAAUGUUGUUCACGACAAAAUUUUCAAGAAGGAAGGAGGAGCAAGGUCUUGUGAUAAAGAUGUAAAGAAGGUUCUUGUGGCAAUCACAGACGGGUUCAGUUCCCUCGGAAUAGACUUUACAAAAAAGUUGGCAGACAAUUUGAAGAAAACAGAUGUCAAGGUAUUCUCCGUGGGAACUUCUGAUCGUGUUUACAAAGCUGAAGUGGACGAGCUAUCCAGCGAGCCAAACAAAAGCCACGAACUUCUGAAAGAUCUCGCCAAAGGCUCGUUUAGUAAAGAUGAAGUAGAGAAGUUUGCGAAAGAAAUCUGCAAGCACGAAUAAACUUGAACUAUGCACAUGCAUAUUAAGUUUGCUUAAUAUGCAUUAAUUCUUCGCAAAUUCCUUGGGACAUUUAAUCGUACCAUGCCCAUUCAAUAUUCCCCCCUGCAAAGCUGGCAUUUUUGUUGUUCCAAAUGAUGAGAAACUGAAUUUUAUUUUGCCAAUGACGAAAAUAUCAUAAACAAAGGUUUCUGUGUAGCCGUAUCAGUGUGGGAAAUUUUUACUCAGCACAGCCACACUGUAGGACCUAAAUUGAAAGUUGCAGCUUUGUGCAGUAUAAUUAACCUGUGUCAAAUAAAUGGCAAUGCUGAUGAGCAGCUUCCAUCCCAUUCUAUUGCUUCAGUUGAAAGUUAGAAUCACUUUGUACACACUAAUCUACUAUUCACGGCUGUGAAAGCCAGUUCAAUAGCCCUUAUCAGCAGCUUCUGCGGUUACUUCUUUGGUUACAUAAAGGGCGCGGGCAAAAAAAAUCGCUGCUCCCGGUUGAGACGAAUAAAAUUACAAUUCCAUCCGUUUGCGCAAUGCUUACCUUACCUGAUAUUUUCAAAACUCUUGUUAAGAAUUCCACCAGUGUUUCAGUCCAAGCUUUCAGAGUGGAAUCGGAUCUGAACACUCUUCAACUGCCAUCAUUACACCGCAUCAAAUCCUUAAGGUUCUCUACCACAAUGUUACAUUUUUGGCAACCUCAGAGUCUGUUGCAUUCAAUAUAUGUUUUACCGUCCAACCACUUUCCGCCUCAACAAUGACCAGUGCAU